AUGAAUUCGCGUCAAAUCUUCUUUGCUCUCUUGAUUGUACUUAUGGCUACUAUCGUAACAGCCUCUCCUUUGAAUUUAGAUCAAUUAAUUGAAAGAAAAAAUGCUCAAAAAGACGAAAGUCCAUCGAAAGAAAAAAACGGCAAAGUUAAGGCUACGUUUAAUGGACCUGCCAAAGAUAAUACGCCAGAACAAUGA